AGAUGGCGGAGUUUGACACCAGUUGGACAGCCUAUACCAGGAACUAGAUUUAUUGCAUUCAAAGUACCUUUAAAAGGGGCAAUUAACCAGAGGCUUACCCCAACCCAGAAGUUUACACCAAAAGACUUAAUUGCUGCAAUGAAAGCCCUAAAUGUGGAGCUUGGAUUAAUUAUUGAUUUAACAUAUACCACACGAUACUAUGAAGUUAAGGAUUUACCUAAAAGUGUGCAGUAUAAGAAACUUUAUACUGUUGGACUUGAAGUCCCUGAUAAUGCUACUAUCCUACAGUUCAAGAAAUGGGUCAGAAAAUUCCUAUGGGAAAAUGCGGGAAAUGAGAAACUCAUUGGAGUUCACUGUACUAAUGGAAUUAAUAGAACUGGCUACCUUAUAUGUAGAUAUCUUAUAGAUGUUGAAGGCUGGGAUCCAGAGGCAGCAAUCCAAGCUUUUGGUGAUGCUAGAGGUCAUAGCAUGGAUGGUCUUGUAUAUCUCACAGAUCUCAGAACACAACCAAUGAGAAGUAACCUUGGAAUGGAUGUAUGGGAUUCAGAUGAAGAUAUUACUCCCGCCCAACAUGCAACGGAAGGACCUAAAAGCGGUUCCCAAAUGAGGAUUUUCAGGGGUCUGGGAAAAGACUAAGAAUUUAUGAUGACCACUCUCACAAUGAUUUGCAAGGACAGAUACAGUUGAGAGAUUUUGAUUUCAUUAAUAAGGGACCUGGACAAAGAAGACGACCAUUUCAUGACCAUCAGACUCAGGAUGAUUUAAGAGCACCAAUGCAAAUGAGAAACUGGGACUACAAUAGAGGACCAGGACAGAGGCGAAGGCCCUUUCGUGAUCACCAGUUUUACGAUGAUUAUCCAGAAGACAUGCAGCUGAAGGACCUAGACUUCAGUAACCAGGGACCUGGACAAAGGUUGAGACCUUCUCAUGGACACCAGUUUCAUGAUGAUUUACAGGCAGCGAGACAAUCAAGGGACGUUGAAUUUAACAGAGGCCAUGGACAAAGGCAAAGAUCUUUUUCUGACCAUCCAUCUCACAGGGAUCUGCAGGAAGACAGGCAAUCAAAGAAUUUUGAUUUUGGUAGCAGGGGCC